AAGCAUCAUGGGAUGUCAAGUCCCGAAGUGUACUUUGCAGUUUGCAGUAGAUUUUCUCUGCACAAAUUUAAUAUCCAUCUGGAAUAAACCGUGAGGUUAUGUUUGGCUGAACUUGCACCAGGAUUUAAGCUCAAUUUUGUUCUUUGUUUUCGUAACAUUUCGUGUGGUCUUGACUUCUUCGCCAUUAGCUAGCGAAGCUCGUGGAGUUAGCUUAGCCUGCUAAUUGGGCCUUUUGUGUGUAGAAACAGUUUGUGUCUUUGUGUGAAAAUGUCUGAAGUCCAAAUUCUAAGAGCCUUACUGAAGCAUCGUCUACCUGCAGAUGAAGAAGAGAUAUUUGAGCUGUUUGAGAGAACAACAGCCGAAUAUGAGGAGGAAAUUCGUCGCUUAACAAACGAGAACAAGCAACUAAGAAGACGACUGGAAGCUUUUGAGAAGUCUGAUGACAAAGCGGAUGUGCUGCAGGAAUUGGUAAUACACAAAGCUGGCCCCUCUGAGCAACAGGCCUGGGACUACAGUCUGAAACAAGAGGACCAAGAUCUCCAUCACAUAAAAAAGGAAGAGGAAGAACAAGAGCACCUUGAAGGACUGGAGGUUUACACUGACACCUGUACAAGUGAUGAUUUGAAACCUCAGUUUUUACAGUUUUAUCAACAUCAACCCAAGGUGAAUGGAGAUAUUGAGCAACUUUCUAGCAGCUCAAACGAACAGAUAAAAGCAGAAUCUGUUGGAGCGGACUGGAACGGAUUUCAACCAACUCACAAGUCAGAUCAAGACAUUUCUUUCCACUCACUUACGGAUGAUAUGACGUCUCACUCUUCUGAACCUGAUACUGAUGUUAGUGACAUUGAUUGUAAUGAGGCCAGGGGAUCUCCGUCAUGUUUUCACUUUUUGACAAAUAAGAUGACCCCGCGUGGAGAUGAGAAAUAUAAUGGUGUCAAGCCAUUUAGUGACUACAAACACAGGCUGAGGCAUGGAAGAGUUGAUACAAAACAGGAACAGUUUCUCUUUUUUCAGCAUGGUGAAACUUUUGACCAAGAUAGCCACCUGAAAACCAAUGUGGUAUUUCAUACAGGAAAGAAAUCAUUUAGCUGUUCUGAAUGUGGUAAAUCAUUUGGCCAAAACAAGCAUUUGGAGAGCCAUAGAUUAAUGCAUACAGGAGAGAAACCAUUCAGCUGUUCUGAGUGUGGCAGAAAAUUUAACCAUAACAGCAAUCUGAAAAUCCAUAUGCUAAUUCAUACAGGAGAGAAACCAUUCAGCUGUUCUGAGUGUGGGAAAUCGUUUAACCAAAAAAGCACUCUGAAAAACCAUAUGAUAACUCAUACAGGAGAGAAACCAUUUAUCUGUCCUCAGUGUGGAAAAGCAUUUGGCUUAAAGGGCAAUCUGAAAUCUCAUAUGAUUCGUCACACAAGGGAGAAAAUGCUUACAUUUUGUUAAAAGGGAUGCCGGAUGACACACAUUAGAACUCGCACAAGAUAUUAAAUGUAGCAGGAUAUAGUAAUUGGUCCCGGUGACUUUCAGCUGGUGUCUGGUCCCAGCCAAUCACUGUGUGAGAAUGCCACAUCAAGUUUAGCAGAGAGCACCUAUUUGUUGCUUUGUUCCACUGCUUUGCUUGACUUAAUUUGUUAAACGUUGGAUUGACUGUUCCAUCAGGGCGAACGGGAAUUAGUAAUGCCGCCCCUCUUUGUUUUAUUCUUUGUGUUGUGUUUUAAAGUUUAUGUGUGGGGUUGUGUAAGAACGGUACGGGAACUUACCUUUUCUUUAUUUCUGUAUGUUUGGGGUUUUUUUGUGUGUAUUUUUCGUUUGUAGUGACUGUUUUGCUGCAACCCACUUAUUGGAUUAUUGUUGGUUUUUCUUUCAUUUUGGUUAUUGUGGGUUGCAGUUCAGUUGUAGUUAUUGGGUUUUUAAAAAUAAUUAAUUACUUCUGAUUCUUCUCAGUAUUAGAAUUAUAAUAUUGUUUUAUUAUUUUGGUUCUCAUUUGUUGCGUUUAUUUCCCCAUUCAGGUGCGGAGCCCGUGGUGGUGGAUUGGUGUCCCUCCCGUCUGCUGCAAAACAAUAGAAAAGCAGAGAGAAAGAAUCAAUCCCUGUCUCAAUCAUCCAAUGUUCAGCAAUGUAUCACAUUGUCGUAAUCAUCUUCUUCUUCUU